AUGGACCGACGGACCCGCCUUCCUGAUGCUCCCGGACUCACUGUGGCUUCAGGCGCCUGCAAGCCUCGGCGAGCUUCCGGACGAGUUUACAAAACAGGAUUUCCGUCAGGUUAUGCAGAGAGUCUCCGAGAGGGGUCGGUUACAAAUUUUCGGAAGUUGCCCCAACUGGAUAUUCUUUUAAGGAAAAAAAGUAAUAAUAUUCUGGAAGCAGGUGAAGUUGACGAUGAUGAUGAUUCGGAUGAUGAGGAUCAACAAGAUGAUGACGAUGAUGUUGACGAUGAUGAUGACGAUGAUUCGAAUGUUCAUGAUGAUUCGGAUGACAAUGAUGAUGGUGAUGCUGAUGAUGACUAUGAAGAGGAAGAUGGUGACGCAAAUGAUGAUGAGGAUGAUGAUGAUGAUGACGAUGAUGAUGAUCAUGAUGAUGAUGACGAUGCUGAUGAUGAUGAUGACGAUGAUGAUGAUGAUGAUGAUGAUGAGGAUCAUGAUGCUAAAGAUAAUGACGAUGAUGAUGAUGAGGUCGAUGAUGGUGGUGUUGAUGAUAACGAUGAUGAUGUUGAAAAAGAUGAUGAUGAAGAUUGCGAUGUUUCAGAUGAUGAUGAUGAUGAUGAUGAUGAUGAUGAUGAUUUAGAUGUUUCGGUUGAUGGUGAUGAGGAUCUUGAUCAUGAUCAUGACAAGUAUGAUUCGUGGUUUGAGGAUGAUGCUGAUGAUGAAGAUGACCAUGAUGUUGAUGAGGACGAUGAUGAUGAUGAUUCGGCUGACGAUUCGGAUUUUGAUGUUAAUGAGGAUGAUGAUGAUCAUUAUGAUAAUAAAAUUGAUGAUGAUGUUUAUGAAGAUGAUUCCAAUGAUGGAGAUGUUGAUGACUAUAAUGAUAAAGAAGAUGAUGAUGAUGAGGUUGAUGAUAAUGAUGAUGAUCAUAUUGAGGUUGAAUUUGAUGAUGACGUUGAUAAUGGUGUAUCAGGUGUUGAUGAUGAUGACCAUUUUGACGACUCGGAUGAUGGUGAUGAUGAUCAUGAUGAUGAUGAAGAUGAGUCGGAUGAUUGUGAUGUAUAUGAUGAUGAUGAUGACGAUGAUGAUCAUGAUUACGAUGAUGUUUAUGAUGAAGUUUCGGAUAAUGAAGAUAAUGCUUCGAAUGAUGUUGAAGAUAAUGAUGAUGAUGAUCAUUCGAAUUAUGAAUACGAUGAGGAUGAUGAUAAUGAUGAUGAUGUUGACGAUGAUUCGGAUGAUGAUCAUGUUAAUGAAGAUGAAGAUGACGAAGAUGAUGAUGAUAUUGAAGUUGAUGAUAAUGAUGAUCAUGAUGAAGACGAUGAUGAUGAAGAUGAUGAAAAUUUGGACGAUGAUGAUGAUCAAACAGAUGAUAACGAAAUUGAAUCGUAUCAUGGUGAUGACUAUGAUGAGGAUGAUGAGGACGAUGAUGAUGGCGAUGGUGAUGAUGAUGAUGAUGAAAAUGAUUUGAAUUAUGAUGAUGUUGAUGAGGAUGAUGAAGACGAUGAUGAUAAUGAUAAUGACGUUGAAAAUGAUUAUGAUGAGGAUGACGAUGAUGACGAUGAUGAUGAUGUUGAUGAGGAUGAUGAUGAUAAUGAUGACGUGAAGGUUGACUCGGCUGUAGAUGAUGAUGCUGAAGACGAAGCUUACAACGGUGAUGGUGACGAUGAUGAUGAUGAUGGUGAUUCAUUUCAUGAUUUGGAUGAUGAUGAUAAUGAUGAUGAUGAUGGUGAGGACGAUGAUGAAGAUGAUGAUCAUGAUGACGAUGACAAUGAUGAUAAUGAUGACGAAGAUGAUGAUCUUGAUGAUAAUGAUGGUGAUAAUGAUGAGGAUAAUUAUGCUGAGGAUUCGAAUGAUGAUGAUGAUAAUGAUGAAGAUGAAGACGAUGAUGAUGACUUUGUUGAUGAAUCGGAUGAUGCUGAUGCUUAUGGUGAUGAUGAUGAUGAUGGUGAGGAUGAUGAUGAUGAUGAUGAUGUUGACGAUUCGGAUGAUGCUGAUGCUUAUGGUGAUGUUGAUUAUGAUGAUGAUGAUGAUGACGAUGAUGACGAUGAUGAUGACGAUGAUGAAGAUGCUGAUGAUGAGGAUGAUAAUGAUGAUGAUGACGAUGAUAAUGACGACGAUGGUAAUGAAGAGGACGAUGAUGAUGAUGAUGAUGAUGAUUCUGAUGAUUCUGAUGAUGAUGAUGUCUGUGAUGAAGUUUCGGAUAAUGAUGAUGAUGCUUAUAAGGACGAUGAUGAUGGUGAUCACGAUGAUGAUUCGAGUGAUGAAUAUGAUGAUGAUGGCGAUGAUUUGGAGGAUGUUGUCGCUGCUGCUGCGGCUGACGAUGACGCUUUGGAUGAUGGUGGUGAUGAUGUUUAUGAUGAUGUUUCAGCACAUGAUGAAGAUGAUAAUUAUUUUGAUGAUCCGGAUAAUGAAGGAGACGAUAAGGGAGAUGAUGAUGAUGAUAAUAAUGAUGAUUCGGAUGAGGAGUCGGUUGAUGAUCAGAACGAUGCCGAUAAUGAUGCUGAUGAAUAUGAUGAUGACGAUGAUGACGAUGAUGAUGAAAUUGAGUCGAAUGAUGAUGAUGAUACUGAUGAUUUGGAUGAUGAAGAUCAUGAAGAUGAUGACGACUAUGAUGAAUCGGAUGAACAUGAUUAG